UCCGUCAGAUCAUCUUUGCGACAAAGUCGCAGAGGAAACAGUCAGCGAUAUCGGACUGAUGGCUGCGGUCGUUCGACAUAAACUAUAUUAGAGACAGUUAAAAACUCUUGGAUUUUCUGGGGUCGUGCUAUGUCUUCGGGAAUGACAGGACAAACGCCCUGCCUAACCAGUCGCUGGGACCAGCCAGCUCAACCUAAAAAGAGUGUUGAUGCACGGCAACAGGAAAGUUUUGGAAAUGCAGCUCUCCCUGUCUCCUUGCAAGGAGUUGUCGGCUCCGCUGGUUCAAACAGUCCAGCUUCUCAGCCACCUGAAGCCGAGGAAACGCCUAAGGGGGGAGUCGAAAAAGCAACAGCAAUGGCUGCAAAAAUAAAUGCCAUGUUGAUGGCGAAAGGGAAACUUUUAACUCCUCCGCCAUUACUUCCUAAGAAACCUCCAAGUAUCCCGGUACCACCCCCUACAGAAGAAAUGGUGGUCACUGAAGUGGAUAUAAAUGACGUACCGCUAAAUUGCAGAGAACUGCUUACUAAAGGCAAAACACAGGAAGAGAUCAGAUUGUUUAGCGGAGCGGUUGUCUCAACUAAAGGUCUUUACAUGCCUGAAGUCAUAACUACAGGAGGACAAAGACCUUUGUAUUUACAUGUUCAGGGAAAGACGCAAGAACAGGUCAAUAAAGCUGUAAUGAGGAUAAAGGAGAUAAUUUCUGAAGAUGCGAUAAGGGCCUCGGCAGCAUCAGGAGGACAGCAGGCUCCUGUAAUUCCGCCACUAACACUUUACCCUCAGCCUCCUCGGCCUGUCGUCCCAACUCCUGUGCCACGUGUGCCCAACACAAACUCUGUGCCUGGCCAAGGACAUAGACCAGCAGCUCCUCACAUAGGGAGUUUUGUGCAUACCAAAAUUUUUGUUGGCCUGGACCAAGCGUUGCCCUCAUUCAAUGUAAAGGAAAAGGUCGAAGGUCCCGCUGGAUCGUAUCUGAGUCACAUCCAGACUGAGACAGGGGCUCGAGUCUUCCUCCGGGGAAAAGGGUCUGGUUACAUCGAACAGGCAUCAAAAAGAGAGUCUUUUGAGCCUCUUUAUGUCUACAUUAGCCAUCCGAAUGCAGCUGGAUUGGAGUCAGCUAAGAAACUCGCUGAGAGUCUGCUGGAAACUGUGAGAGCCGAACAUGCCCGGAUGAUGUCGAUGUACACAGCUACUGGCGCACCUCAGCCAUACGCAGCACAUGGAUUUCCAACUAAUAGCAGUUACUCUAGCCAGGGGUCCUGGUAUAACUACCCAGCAAAUGGGUAUGCUGGCGGCUAUGCAGCGUAUCCAGGAGCCGGUGGUUAUUGGAGUAGUGCAAAUGGCCCCCCAAGUCAAUCUAACCUGUCGACAACCCCAUCUCCAUCUUCUCAGGCAAUGAUUCAGUACCCAGUGUGUCCCAGGAAACCACAUCCUUUUCUUGUCCAGGAUCCAAGCAGCGGUGAGACAGUGGAGCCUGAAGGAUGUUUAAACACCCCCCCUGACUCAGGAAGUCCCAAACAUCAGCUCCAGGAGGGGGCUAAGGAUGAGCAGCCUACCAGCUGCCCUCCAGAGGGUCCGGCUCACCUGGAGUCCACCCUUCCUUCAUCCAGUGUAGGAGAGGAGAAAGUCGUAGAAAGGAUUUUGAUGCCGCCUCCACCACCACCCUUUGUGGUUACUCCCCCCGUUGCGCGCAAGAGGCCAAGAGAACCAGAGCCAGAAGACCCAUCUAGUCCACCGCCCAGCUCCUCCGCAUCAACGGGUGUUCAGGAAGAGGUGUCUGUGAAGAAGACUAAAGUGAACGCUGAUACUUCUGGGCUUGUGCCCUAUGGGGGAGAUUCCUCAGAUGAAGAGGAUGAGAGGACCCACAGCAGUAAGACAGAAAACCUAUAACCUCUGUCCACCUCAUCCCCACUGCCCUGUGAUUUUUACUGACCAGAAGGUUCCACUUCAAGUAUAUUCUCAGAACUCUUUAAAGUCACAAUAAAAGCAGAAGUCUGCCCUGAACUGCC